AUGCCACUUCGGAAUAUCAUUAUGGAGCUCAAUGAAAAUGUGUCGUUGCCUUGGUUGAUUCUUGGUGACUACAGAAAUGUUCUUAAGUUUGAUGAGAAAUGUAAUGGGGUGGAUGUUACCCCUUAUGAAAUUAAAGAUCUUGCAAAUUGUUGCCCUAAUGUGGCUCUUACAUAUGUGCGUUCUAUUGGUUGUUUUUACACGUGGACUAAUGGGUCGGUUUGGAGCAAAAUUGAUAGGGCUAUGGUCAAUGAUUUUUGGGUGCAAAAUGGGGCAUUUGUUGAAGCAAAUUUCCUUCCUUCCCAAUGCCUUUCCGACCACUCCCCAUGCAUUGUCUCGAUACAUGACCGUGUUGGGGCAAAACAAGUUAUCCUUUGCAAGAAAUUGAGAAAACUUAAGGGUGCUUUGAAGGAGCUUAAUUUUAAGCAUUUUGGGCAUAUUUCGGCUAGAGCAAGUGAGGCCAAAAAUGAUUUAGAGGCUGCCCAAUUACAGCUACAUAAUCAGCCCAUGAAUAUGCAUUUUCAGCUUUUGGUUGCGAAAUUGAGGAAGAAGACCGUUGGCUUAUGUGAAGCGGAACGUAGUUUUUAUUACCAAAAGGCUAAAUGUGUCUUCCUUAAGCAAAGUGAUAAAUGCACAAUGAUCUUUCACUCCAUCGUUAAAAGGAAUUCUAGGAGGAAUUUUAUGGCUACUAUACUCAAAGAAGAUGGGAGGUAUACUACAUCACAAGAUCAAGUUGCUAUGGAAUUUGUCAAUUUCUAUACUUCUUUGCUGGGGGAAAAUUGCCCUACUCGGUCUAUUGAGAUGGAGAUUCUUACUAAUGGUCCUUUGGUUUCUUUGGAAGAAGGCAACAAUUUGAUUCGGGACAUCUCUUAUGAGGAAAUUAAAAAUGCUCUUUUUGAUAUUGGAGAUGAAAAAUUGAGACCCAUUUUGGGAGACGUGGUCGAUCAUGCACAAGCUGCAUUUGUGGAAGCUUAUGAUUCGGUUUGUUGGGAUUUCCUUAGAGACGUUCUUCAUGGGUUGCAAUUCCCAUCGACAUUUGUUCAUUGGGUUAUGGAAUGUGUCACUUCUACAUCAUAUUCUAUAGCUUUGAAUGAGACUUUGCAUGGUUUUUUCAAAGGUAGGAAGUGUAUUCGGCAAGGUGACCCCCUCUCGCCUUUCUUAUUUGUGAUUUGUAUUGAAUACCUAUCAAGAUUGCUUAAAGCUGCCACGGAUGAUAGUGAUUUCAAUUUUCACCCAAAAUGUGGCCCCCAAAAGAUCACCCAUUUAGCUUUUGCGGAUGAUUUGAUGCUAUUUGUUAGGGGAGAUGUUAUGUCGGUAAAAAUUGUCAUGGAUUGCCUUUCAAAUUUUAGAUCGGCUUCGGGAUUAAGGUUGAAUGUUCUUAAAUCUAGCUUGUUUACUGCUGGAACUCAUGGACAGAUUCUUGAGGAUAUCUUGGAAUUAACAAGUGUUCCGAGGGAUAGUAUGUCAUUUCGGUAUUUGGGCAUCCUCCUUGCUUCGGAAAAACUUAAAGUAGGUUGUUAUGCUUUUUUUCUUGACAAAAUAACAACAUAUAUUGGUGCAUGGAAUUGUUCUACAUUAUCUUAUGUAGGCAAGAUCGAACUUAUAAGGGCGGUUCUUCAAGGAGUCGAAUGUUUGUGGCUCUCUAUUUUCCCUAUUCCGGCUACAAUUAUAUCAAGGAUUGUUAGCCUUUAUCAAAAAUUCCUUUGGGGAUCUAAAAAGUCAUUAGUUUCGUGGAAGUAUAUUUGCCUUCCAAAAGAGGAAGGGGGCCUUGGAUUAAAGGACUUGAAGAGUUGGAAUUUAGCGUUACUUGCUAAAUCCCUUUGGAACAUUCACAAUAAAAAGGACACUGUGGGUUUGGUUCGUCCUUGGAAGGAUCAUUCUUCACUAUUCAAAAAACUACUGGAAAUCAGGGACAUUCUUCAUGUAAAUGGUGCUGCCCAACAGUUUUUAACUUGUGGACAGCAAGGGGAGUCGGGUCACAUGGUGGCUGGAAUUUCCCCAUCUCGGCAUGAUGUUUCUGGCCGAAAUUAUACUGCUGGGAAUGCACAGAAUUGGGGGGUAACUGGGCAGCAUCAUAGGUGGGCAGAAUGCUUCAUUCAGUAG